GAGGUCUCUGACAAGCGCGUCUUUCAAAAUUUGUUUUAGAGGUUAUGUUAAUAUGGCAGAAGAAAACAAAAUCGGUUUGUGUCCGAUUUGCAGCAAAUCUUUGCCGAUUAAAGAGCUGGUCGAGCAUGUCGACGCCUGCAUAUUCUUUAACACGGACGACAACGAAAUCACGAAGCGAAAACGCGAACCGUCGCCCUCAAAAUCGCACGCAAAGCCGAAGUUUCAGUUCAAACACAAAAGUCCCAGAGAUGCGGAAAAGCAGAAAAUAUUGGCGCCCAUUUUUCAGAGGAAUAGGCCGAGUAGUAGUAGGAAAAUUGUGGAAGAAACAAUUGUUGUAGAGAAAGAGAAUGGUAGUAAUAAGAAAAAAUUAUCGUUCAGUGUACCUCUGGCCAAACAAAUGCAACCAAAGAGUUUGGACGACUUUUUCGGGCAGAUUAAGGCGUUGGGGAAAGAUACUGUCCUGAGGGGUUUAUUGGGGAAAGGUGAGAUACCUAAUAUGAUACUAUGGGGUCCACCAGGUUGUGGAAAAACAUCAUUAUCCAAUGUUAUACAUGAGAUAUGCAAGAAAAACCCAAAGCAGUACAGAUUUAAAGCACUUAGUGCUACAGAUGAUGGUGUAAAAAAUGUAAGAACUGUUAUAUCAGAGGCAAAAACCGACAUGAAGUUUGGUAAGAAAAUGAUUUUGUUCAUGGAUGAAAUACACAGGUUUAACAAGAAACAACAGGACACGUUUUUGUUGAGUGUGGAAAAGGGGGAAAUCACCUUGAUUGGGGCUACAACAGAGAAUCCCUCGUUUAGUUUGAAUAAUGCUCUAUUGAGUCGAUGUAGAGUGAUUGUUAUGGAGAAAUUGGAUUGUGAGUCUUUGUUCUCCAUUCUGAGUAAGGCGACAGAGGCUUUGGAUAUUGACGUUGUCGAUGGAAAUAACCCCUGUGGAAUUAUAAAUGAUGAUACAAGGACUGCCAUAGAAGAAGAGGCACUGCAAUGGUUGUGUGAUAUCAGCGAUGGGGAUGCCAGAAUAGCUCUGAGUAAUCUGCAAGUUAUUUUUCAGCACUGCGAUGAAAAAGGUAAAGUUAUAAAGUUGGAUGAUGUCAAGGAGCAAGUUAAGAAGUCUCACAUGCUCUAUGAUAGAGCUGGAGAGGAGCAUUACAACCUAAUAUCAGCCAUGCACAAGUCUAUACGGGGGUCCGACGAAAAUGCGGCUCUAUACUGGACCACAAGAAUGAUGGUCAGUGGAGAGGACCCCAUGUAUAUUGCCAGAAGAUUAGUUAGGGCAGCCAGUGAAGAUAUAGGUAACGCCGACCCCCACGCGCUGCCACUGGCCAUAGCCGCGAUGCAGGGUUGCCAGAUGAUCGGCAUGCCGGAAGCCGACUGCCUGUUGGCGCAGUGCGCCAUCUACUUGGCGCGGGCGCCAAAAAGUCGCGAGGCGGAUAGUGCGCUGGCCGCCGCUAAAAAUUUGAUAAAAAAUUGCCAAGGACCGCAACCAAACGUCCCCAUGCAAAUCAGAAAUGCCCCCACAAAGUUGAUGAAGGAUUUAGGUUAUGGAGAACUUGAAGAUGGAGCUGAAUUCACCUUUAUGCCCCCUGAGUUGAAGGAUGUUAAUUUUUUUAAAUAAAUUUAUAUCUGUGUUGUUUAUUAAAUGUUUAUAUUUUUAUUAGCAUUAAAACAAUGAAGAGAGUAAAUAAAAUUCUAUUUAUUACUAGGUUUUUUCUUAAUUUAUUAAUUUAACGAAAUUUAUUCAACAGCUUUGACAAGAGCUUCACCUACUUCAAUAGCAAUGGCAGCUUCAGCACGAGCCUAAAAAAAAUAAAAUAAUUUAUUUCAUCAUUAAAUUUUGUUAUUUUAUUACUUGUUCUGUGGAGGCAGACGACAUAGAGCUCUGAGCUUUACUUAAAACCUCCUGGGCAGCAGAACGGUCCAAACUUUCCACAGGAUGGGCUUCUUCUGCCAAAAUCUAAAAAAAGAAUCUUCGUUGAUUGUGACUGUACCACUGGAAACGAAUAUUUUUUUAACAUUACCACUAUCUUCGAUAACAGAAACUACUCCUGGUUUCAAUACAGCCAGAGUGGGUACAUGUUUGGGUAAAAUACCAAAACUGCCGGAGAAAGACGGCACGUCGACUUGCUUAACUGAUUUGGCAUCGUAGAACACCUAAUAAUAAAUCCAAUAUACCUAUAUAAAAUUUGCGUUUUUUUAUAAUUACCUGGUUGCCGGAGGCCAAAGUGAAGCUCAUUUCGUCGGAAUAACCGCGAACAGUGGUAGUGCUUAAAGCACGGCGAGAGAAAAGCCUGGUUACGGAUCUUAAAGCCAUUUUU